AUGCAGGCUCCCGGCGGCGCUGGUGGUGCGGAGGGUGGUGCUGGAGCGCCCGAUGGCGAUGGAAGCCCCCCGAGGGAACCCGAAGGUUGGAGCGGCACCUCCGACGAGGGCCCCCAGGCCGGGGGAGCGCCUCAGGUCGAAGGGGUGUCGCCUGACGGAGGGCAAGGUGAAGAGGCUUCGGCCUCGACCUCGGCCGCCUGUGGCGGAGCCUCAGGAAACCAGCUGGAGUUCAGCCUUACGGUGCCUUUUCUGUGCUACGUGGAUGCCGAAGUGGCCCGCCAGUGCCUGAUUUCGGAUGUUGAGCCCUUCCAAGGGGCGGUUCACACGGAGCUCACGGUGAUCGGCAACGACCUGCUGAUCAAGCUAACUGCUGAAGACUCGGCCCUGCUGCAGAUUUCCACCGCGUGCUUGCUGAACCAGCUUUCCCUGGUGGUGCAGACCAUGCAGCACUUCGUCCUGGCGGCGCUGGACCGGGACGCCGCCUGUCGGAAGCAGAAGCUGCGCCAGAAGCUCGAGCAGAUCAUCGGGCUGGCGUCGGGCAACGGCUGA